AUGAGGCAAACCAAAAAUUCACAGUUAUAUUACGAUAAAUUUGAAUUAAACCAAAUGCCUAACAUAUAUCAUUCUAAACCUUUUUCAAGAGAAACAGAUCCACCACUAAGAGACAGACCAUCUUAUUUUGGAUUCAGUUUAUUACUACGGCAAAAUAGCAUUUUAAUUGGAGCUCCUAGAGCAAGUUCAACAUUUCCUGAUCAAUCUGCAAUUAUUGAACCAGGAGCAUUAUAUAAAUGCUCCGUUUCCUUUAAUAAUUCAUGUGAAGUCAUAGCUAUUGACCCAAAUGAUAACGUGAAUAAUAAGCCGGAAAGAAAUACUGAAAUUAAACAUCAACAAUGGUUGGGAGCAACAAUAUCAGGAGAUAAAACUGAAACAGAAGAUAAAUCAACUUUUAUAAUUUGUGCCCCCUCAAUUAGAACACGACGUUUUUUUCUAACUUUUGGAAUAUGUUAUGUAUAUAAAGAAGGUGAACCCGUAUUGAAAUACAAACCAUUUAUAAAUGAAAUUAUUUCAAAUGAAUUCGUUCGAAAUUUAAAAGCUAUUGCUAAUUUUGGAAUGAGUAGCUACUGGAUUAAGGAACGUAAUUUAUAUUUAGUAGGAGCACCGAUGAAAAAUUUAAUUGGCACGUAUGUUCGCAUUAACGUUAACCGUAAUAUUUUUCAAAAAUCGGAUAAUUUAGAUCAUAGCUUUGAUGACACUUUGGUGGGAUAUUCCGUAUCUGCAGGUGUUUUCGAUAAGGAAAAUACUGUUUCCUAUGUAAUAUCGGCACCAAAAUAUUCAGGGCAGGGAACUGUAUUAGUUAUAAAUGAAGCGAUGGCUGGUAAAAAAAGUAUAUUUCUAAAAGGAACGCAAAAGUAUGAGUAUUUCGGUUACAGCAUACUUACAGAAGAUUUGAAUAAUGAUGGAAUUUCUGAUAUUAUUGUAUCAGCACCAUUUUAUUCAAUUAAAGAUAGACCGGAAACUGGAGCAAUUUACUUUUUUAAUGGUAAAACAUUAACGAACAAUAUAAAUAAAAUUAUAACAGCACCAAAACGAGAAAUACGUGCAAAAUUUGGCUCUUCUUUAGCAUCACUCGGAGAUAUUAAUCUUGAUGGUUACAAUGACAUAGCUGUAGGUGCUCCAUAUAUAGAAAAUGGUAAAGUUUUUAUAUAUCAUGGCAGUGCAGAAGGCAUAAAUUCAAGACCAACUCAAAUUAUUGAAGCUCCUCUAUUUGAAGCAACUUCACGACCAAAUUAUUUUGGAUAUGCAAUAUCAGGUGGUGUAGAUAUAGAUAGAAAUGGUGUUAAUGAUAUCGCAAUAUCUUCAUUAAAUAGUGAUACCGUUUACUUAUAUAGAACAUAUGAUAUAACGAAUGUAAACCUUUUUUUUGAAAAUUUUCCUCAAUUUAUACAUUUCACUAAAACAAGUACAACAAUAACAGCAUGUAUAAAAUUUUCAAUAGUACCUAAGGAAAAUUUUGGAGGAAAGAAAAAUUUAACAUUUAAUUUGAUUUUGAAACUAGAUCGAAUUGAUAAUAGAAUAAAAUUCAAUGAUGGUUCAACACAGAAAAUAGAUACAAUAGUUCUUACGGCCGAUCAAAAAGAAUGUAGAAAUCAUUCAAUUCAUAUAGAACAUGCUGAAAAUAGAAAAUCUUAUAGUUUACAAUUAACUUAUGAACAUAUUCAAGAUAAACUUGAAGAAAAUUUUUGUGAAGAAUGUGCAGUGGUUCAUCCGGAUGAUCAUAAUAAAAUAGUUAAUAGAGAAUUAUUUAUACGGCAUAGCUGUGGAAAUAACAGCGUAUGUAAUUCUAAUCUGAAGGUCGAAAUAUUUACUGAAAUAAAUCGGCCACUUAUUUUAAAUAAAGAUCGAUAUUUGAAUGUUUCCGUAAAAAUAACUAAUUAUAUUGAUGCCGCAUACUUACCACGAGUAAAAAUUUCGAAUAAACAUAAUUUAUCAUUAACUCAAAUUCCGCCAUCAUGCUCUGAAAGGAUGUCGAUUUUGCAAUGCAACUUAUGGAAUGAACAAUUAUAUAUUAUGAAACAUAAACAAUUGAAAAUCUUCAACAUGAUUUUUGAUAUAUCAAAUUUUGAAGGAUCAGAGUUAACAAUUGAAGCGCAUGCAUCAAGUUUGAGCAACGAAAUAGAUGAAAGCGAUAAUAACGAUAAUUUAAGGCUCACGAUUUUGAGAUGCAAUAAAGUGGAAAUAAUUGAAGUGUCAAGUAUCGAAUCGCAAACAUUGCACUUAUAUGAUAAUCAGUUAAAAGAUUUUGUUCUAGAAAAAACGUUUGAGGUUCACAAUUUUGGACCUAGUCCAUUGUAUAAUGCCACAUUUUCAAUAAUAUAUCCCGCUGUUUAUGAGAUGUUUCUUUCACCAGUACAACCAUUAGAAGAAAAUUUUUACAUGAAUGGUAUUAACGAAUUGGAAGUUUUUGAAAAUAGUUUUGAUAUCAUGAAAAAUUCAUCGUCUACAAACAUUUAUGAAUACCAAUCGAAUUUAAGAAGCUCUUUUUCAAAUUUGUGUCAGUUUACGAAAUUUGCGGAUUUAAUGAACUUCCAACAUCAAAUUGUACAAAAUAUUUCGAAAAAUGAAACAGUGUUUUUUGAUAAAGAUCAAGAUGAAAGUUCAUCAAUUAAUUUUCAUACUGAAAUUUAUGAAAUUGUAAUGACAAGAGUUGUGACAACCAAUUCAGCUUGGAUUUAUGGAGUAUCAUUUAUUGUAGGGAUUCUAGUAUAUUUAAUAAUUUCAUUAAUUUUGUAUAAGGUCGGUUUCUUCAAGAGAAAAAAGCAUGAAGAAGUUAAAGAAUUUAGACGCCAAAGUUUAAGAAGACAAUCAAGUGCUGCACGAACAAGUCAACAAUCUCCUAAUUCAGAAAAUAAUCAAAUUGAACUAUCGACAAAAGAUGAUUCGGAGCAAAAUUUAGAUUCACAAGUGAAUUUGGAGCCCUUAGAAAAUAAUGCUUUAUAAGUUUUCAAUUUUUCUCAUUUAUUUUUAUGAUUUUUUAAUUUUAUCUUUCUGUUUUUUAUUAUUAUGUAUUAUUCAUAUAUAUACUUUAUAUUGUCAUAAACUAUCAACAUCACUUUUACAUAAAUAUUUUUCAUUUUAGAAAUUAAUAAGAUUUUCUUUCCUAUAGAAAAUUUUUACGAUUAAAAUUUCUCGAAAAUAAGAUUUUAAAAAUGAAAUUAAAAAUUAAAAUUAUACAUAUACAUACAUAGUUUCUAUAAAUUAAUAAAUAUUUUCAAUCUAUAAUAUAUAACUGUUUUUAAAUUCGAAUUAAAUUUAUUAAUAACUGAUAUAAAUAGAAUUUUUUAAAGCUUAACAUUAAGUCGUGAGAACAAGCAUAAAUAGUUUCUUUAAAUAAUUAUUCCUUUAUCAAAAAAUCAAAAUUCGGUCUUUGCAAAGAUUUUAGCGCGUAUGUUAAUGAUGAAUAAUAUACGUACAAACAUUUGCUGCAAACCUGUAUACAUUUUCUGAUUUGAACUGUUACAGUGAUCACAUUCUAGCAUUAAAAUGUUAAAAAAAUCAUUUAAGAGUAAUUUUAAAAUUAUAAUUUUAAUUUUUAGUUUAAACUACUGUAUUUUUGCAUUUGUCAAGAGGUUAAUAUAAGAAAUUGCUGAUUUGACAUUGAAAUAUCAAACCCGCACACAUGUCCUAGAUUUUUAUCCGAAUCUAAUAUACAAGAAUUAUGAUAUUAAAAAAAUUCAUACCCAUACAAUCAAUAUUGUGGCGUAAAUUUAAUACGCACAUAUUUACUUUAUAAUACCUAUGUAUUCACAAAUAAAGGAUCUAAAAGAAAUAAUCUUAUUCUUUAGCAUGAGAAUAUUAGUAAAUGCAAUAAUAACAAACUGUAAAUGUAUGUAAACUGUUAUAGCAAAUUUUUAGGAUACAGAAUAUGUCCUAAAACAGGAUAAUGUUUGAUUUUAAUUAGUAGCUUUAAGAUUAUGGCUCGCCCUAUCAGAUCUAUUCUAGAUAAUUUUUCUUUAUUUGAUUUUUAAAUUUUUCGUUACAUUAAAACAUUAAAUUUUUAAUUAAAUUAGUAAUAAAAAUAAUAUAAAUUUUAAAUUAACUUUUAAAAAAUUGUGUGUUUCAUCAUGUUUUACAAAAUAUUGCCAGAUUUUAAAAAAAUAAUUUACAAGGAUUGAAUGUAUAUUAUAUAUAGACAAUACGAACGAAGACAAUUACAAUAAAAUAUGAGAUACUAUAUAAAUGAAAACUACUUCUAGCCUGAUAUUUUAUGCGAAAUUACAUAAUUUGUUUUAUUAAAAUAACAUUGAAUAAAUCAAACAGCUCUUAUAUUUUUAUUAUGGGUGGCAAAACAUAUAAUUUUAAAGAAACUUUUUAUGAUAGUUUCACACUUUAUAGUAUUCAAUUCUUUGUAUUUAUUUAAUAUUAUAUAAUUAUUUAGUAUUAAAAUUUUUUAUUGAAUCAUAUUUUUAACAAUUCUGUUUACUUUCUGUACUUAUUAAUUUUUUUUCUUUAUUUUUAGAAACGUUCAUUUUUUUUAAACAAUUAUUAUUUUGUAUGUAUAAAUUUUUUGGAUUUUUAUAAAUAUUUUAUAUUCACUUAUUGAUUUAAUAUGUAUGUGUACUUUGAAAACAAUUUUUUUUAUUUAUUGCGUAAGUUUAAUAAUUAUUUUAAACUUACACAAAAAUAAUAAAAAUCGAUAGCGAAGAAUUCCACAUGAAAGAUAUUUUGGUAUCACAAUUCUUAAUUUAUAGUUCAAUAAAUUCAAAUAAUACAUGCGUAUACAAAAAUGUGAUAAAUUGAAAUGUGAUUAAUUGUCCUGAUUGGACUUAGUAAAUUUUGAUUUUAUAAAUUUAUUCAAAUAUCUUAAAAUUGUAAAAUAAGAAAAUUUUACAAUAAUUAUCCAUUCUAAUUAAUAUUUCAGGAGAAACGAGGUAUGGUUUAAAAAUAAAAGCAAUUUAAAUAAAAUUAUGUUCUAAUAUAACUGAUUUUCAUAUAUUUUCCCGCCACUGCAAUAAAUUUAUAGCUUCUGUAACAAUAAUAUGUAUGGACCAAUCUUCAAAUCUAAUUUAAUGAUAAUUAACCUGUCCUCAAUUUUAAAAUUGAAACUUCUAAUUAAUGAUAAAUUUAUUUUAAACCGUUGUUGUUAAUGUCAAUUGAAUUUUAAAGUUGUGAUCGUGUAUUUACUUUUCUGGCAAAGUACUCGUAAGAAGAAAUUGAGUGACUGCCAUUUAUUUGUAUAAUGUAAUUCUCGAAUGAAACGAAUUUUUUUAUUGCGUAUCUCGUACUUUCUAAAAUUUAUAUAAUAUUUAGUUAUUAUUCCUUGUACUUCUGAAAGCAGUUGAUAUUUUCAAAGAGAGUGCGAAAAUCCAAUUGAAAAAUUGAGUGAUUUUAUUAGAAAAAUAAGAAAAAUGAAAUUUCAGACUUAAAAGUGAAUAAAGAGACGAAAAAAAAAAUGAAGUAGACAAAUUCGUCUACAAGAUUUUGUGGUUUAGGAUGAAAUUAACAUGAUAACAUAAAGUUGUAAUUAAUUUGCAGAUUUAUGAACUUUAAUUUUAGUUCUCUGCAUUAUUGGGAAUUAUUGUUAAAGCAAAUCAAUACUGUUAUAAAUAAUAUGCGAAUUCAACUUUAUUUACAGCUUUGUUUUAACUCGAAUUUUCGGCAAAAAUACUGGAUAAUCUGUUAUACGUACAUUCAUAUAUGAGAAUUGUGAUUUAUACCAUUUGUAUUCAAAAUUUUAAAUUGCAUAUUUUGUUUCAUAUUUGCUUUCCAUCUUUGUCUUUCAUACAAAUUUUAUAUUAAAUUUUCUAGAUCAACUAAUUUUAUAUAUAAUAUUUUAAUAUAUAUUUUAUACGUUUAUAACUCUUAAUAUAAUAUUUUUUUUAUUUUUGUUUUCAAUUUACUAUCAGCUAUAUUUUUGAUACAAAUUCACAUACAAAAAUUAUUUCUAAAACAUUAAAAUAAAAGAUCAUAAAAAAACAAAUAUAACACGAUAUG